AUGAAGGCUGUUAAGUUUAAAGUUUUGUGGUGGCCAGAGCUCGACGGAUACCAGGCGGAAUUGGGCCAUCUACAGUGGAUUUGUCAGAGGAAAUCGGAGCAGUUAACGACAAAUCGCAAGAAUACUGCCCCCGCUGUGCAAUACGAAAAUGUCUAUGACCCCCUGAUUUUAGCCAGGAAGGGCGAGAAAAUCGGGGAGUUCAAUUUCGGUUCCUCUGUCGUGCUUGUUUUCGAAGCACCAAGUGACUUCCAGUUUACUGUGCAUCCUGGACAACGAAUAAAAUACGGACAGCCACUGGGUGGCGUUCGGUCAGAGCGCGAUGCGCAGCCACCGGCUGAUCGGCCGUCAUUCAGUGUUGAUUGA